AUGAAGAGAAGGAUAGGCAGUGUAAACACCCUACACCAGCAGAGCGCAUCAACGCAGAUAAAGUUUGACGCAGCAGACUUGUUGCGUGUUCAGAUCCCUCAUGAGGACCCAUUGGUCGUAAGUUUGACACUGGCCAAAUGCUUGGUGCGCAGAGUUCUAAUUGACCCUGGAAGUAGUGCGAACAUCAUGCCAAGAGAUACAUUCGAUCGGCUCAAGAUUAAACAGGAUCAGUUGAAAUCCAUCGGGAAUCCACUAGUAGGGUUUGAUGGAAAGCGAGUGGAGCCGGUCGGCACGGUGGAGGUAGCGGUACAUGCUGCCGAGAGGGUUUUGAUGGAAACCUUUGUAGUUGUUGAAAUUCAUCCCUCUUACAAUCUUCUGAUGGGCAGAGGGUGGAUCCACAGAGUUCGAGGUGUUCCUUCCACUCUGCAUCAGGUAAUGAGAUACUUGGCACCAGACGGAACCAAAGUGAUUGACAUUCAUAGAGACCAAGUUGCAGCAAAAGAAUGUUACUCUGUAACGAUGAAACAUGCUGGAAAGGGGAAAGCUCCCAUUCGUUCAAUCGAUCAGUUCCGACCAGAACGAACAACCAGAGUAGGGGAGCGACUCGUUGAGGAGGAAAAGCAGGACUUAGUUGAUUUUUUGUCUCAAAACGCAGAUGUGUUCGCAUGGAGUCACCUAGACAUGCCCGGGAUCGAUCCUUCGGUAUCCUGUCAUUCCUUGAAUGUUAACCCCAAUGCAAAACCUGUAAAGCAGAAGCAGCGACGGUUUGCCCCCUAG